AUGACCAUCUCAUACGACGAGGAAUUCUCGUCGUUGAUGCUCCGAUGGCGGGGUUCUCUUUGGAAGGCCGUACUGAAAGAUCUCAUUGCUUUCUACAUUGGAUAUUAUGUGAUUCUAGCAGUACAAUGGUACAUGCUUGACGAGAAGCAAAAGGAGUAUUUCACUGGAUGGAUUCAUUGGUGUGAGAUAGGAUCUCAAUAUAUUCCUCUGUCCUUCCUUCUCGGUUUCUUCGUCUCAGUGAUCGUCGCUAGAUGGUGGGAACAGUUCAAUUGGAUCUCAUGGCCAGACAAAAUGAUGAUGAUGGUGUCGGCUUGUCUACCCGGCAAGGAGAAUCUCGAAAUCCGUCAAGCUAUCGCCAGAUGGUCAUCGCUUCAGGCUGCUGUAGCCUGGUCAGGCAUAUCCGUUCGAACACUUAAACGAUUUCCAACAGAACGUCACCUGGUGGAAGCGAAACUGAUGACAGAAGAAGAAUACGACAUUUACAUGAACUGUGAUGCUCCGCAUGGCAAGUGGUUUGUGCCCAUCAUUUGGAUCGUGAACCUGAUUAAGAAACAGUAUGCGGCGAAGAAAAUCGACACCAUUCAGAUGGACAUGCUCUUGAAACAGGUGCACACAAAAUUUGAAGGCUUAUUUCGUGAUUUUUCAUAA